UGUAUAAAAUUAUAUUGAACAACGUUACAUGGUACAUCAAUUCACAUAUGUGCAAGUGUAUUUUAAUAAUAACAUAAAGAGAGAUGCAUUUCAAUGUUCAACAUAGCAGUGGUAGGCAGUAGCGUUUAACAAGAUAUAAGACUGCUGCACAUGUGUUCAACAUUUGCCUAGCGGUCGACGCAUUGCCAUUGAAUAGGAAGUGUGACGUACGUGUAUGAGGUUUCUUUAAAACUUCUAGUCCAGCUGAUCAGGAUAUAUUUUGGAUUCCAACUGUAGUCUAUGGAAAGGAUCUCUUAAAGAUACCAGACUUACUUUUGCUAGGUAGAGCUCCAUACAAACCUCAAAUAUCUAGUACCGCCUACAUCAACAUGGAUACAACACCUUUAUUAUUUCCAAUAUUAUUAAUAGCCACAUUUACUGUACCCAUACUUCAAGCUUGUGAUCAGACUCGGCAAGGGUGUAGAAUACAAGAAAAUAAGUGUCUUUGCGGCGUAGGUUGCUAUUCAGAAUAUCGCUACAGCAACUAUGACGAAUGCCGUAAAGCUUUAAAAGGUGGGCGACACGAUUUUUGCUCUCAAAAUCCAUGUCAUCAUAACGGAGUUUGUGUACAAACUUCACAAGAGCCCGGUUAUAAGUGUAGAUGUUCAGGCACUGGAUACUACGGUGCAAGAUGUGAACAAAAGUGUUUUGGCCAGCAUCCCACAAGAGAAGUACCAUUUGAGUGCAUUAUAAUUUGAAAUAUAUUAAAACUUACUAAAAAAUUACAUUAAUUUAACUAUGAAUUAUUUAAUUACUUGAAUUGUCUACUAAUUUCUAACUGGGAUUUUAUAUUUUAUUUUAUUUAAUCAAGUAAAUGAAUUAAAUAAUGUACAUACAUUUUUUAUUUGUGAAAUUGACUUUAAUUAACGUUAUAAUGUAAUUGAUAUUGUAUAAUUAUUUAAAAUUAAUAAAGUACCUGCUGAACAAUUU